UGUUCUUAAUAUGCUCAAUAAAAGAACAAAUCACAUUGGAUUUAAGGUCUUACUCUUUCCAGAAGCUGACAUCUACAUCUUCAGAUUUUUUCCAUUCUUAGUCUACCAGCAAGGGAAGUUCCUCAAAAUGACCAGAAGAUGGCAGUGUACAACACUCCAUCAGUAGUAAGCCGCAGUGGAGCCCAUCCCCGCCUCGCCUGCCUGACCACUCCUCCCCAGUCUCCCAUUGGAAGAUGGAGGCCACCUCCUUCUCCUCACUCAUUGCGGCUCCUCUCACCACCCUGGCCAGUAUAUGGAUAGAAGCUCCUUUUUUCAGCUCAUACAAGAGCAGCUGGAUCCAGACAACACCGGUUUCAUCGCUGUGGAGAACUUCACCAGCCUGGUGGAGCACCAUGAGCUGCAGCUGGACCCGUCCAAACUGGACAUGCUGUUAGCGCUGGUCCAGAGCAAUGAGGAUGGACAAGUCUGCUAUCAGGAGCUCAUCGAGCUGAUGAGCAGCAAGCGCUCCAGCAGUUUCCGCCGAGCCAUCGCCAACGGCCGCCGCACGCUGCAGAGGGAGAUCCUCCUGGACGAGACGGGCCUGGGUCUCUACAAGCGCUUCGUGCGCUACGUGGCCUACGAGAUCCUGCCCUGCGAGACCGACCGCCGCUGGUACUUCCAUCAGAACCGCCUGUGCCCGCCUCCCGUCUUUAUCGCCGUCAUCACCAUCGUCCAGAUUAUCGUGUUCAUGUGCUACGGCAUCAUGCUCAACAAGUGGGUGCUUCAAACCUACCAGCCGGAUUUUAUGAAGAGCCCCCUAGUGUACCAUCCGGGCCACCGCGCUCAAGUGUGGCGCUUCUUCAGCUACAUGUUCAUGCACGUCGGCUUGGAGCAGCUGGGCUUCAAUGCGUUACUACAGCUGAUGAUCGGAGUCCCUUUGGAGAUGGUCCAUGGCGUCUUGCGGAUAAGUUUGCUUUAUAUGGCGGGAGUGCUAGCGGGUUCCCUGACGGUGUCCAUCACCGAUAUGCGCGCUCCGGUGGUGGGGGGCUCCGGCGGGGUCUACGCUCUCUGCUCAGCACAUCUGGCCAACGUUGUCAUGAAUUGGGCUGGGAUGAGGUGUCCUUAUAAGUUGCUGCGCAUGAUCCUGGCGCUGGUUUGCAUGAGCUCGGAGGUGGGGCGAGCCGUGUGGCUGCGCUUCUCCCCGCCUCUACCGUCGUCGGGGCCGCAGCCCAGCUUCAUGGCCCACCUGUCGGGCGCCGUGGUGGGCAUCAGCAUGGGUCUCCUCAUCCUCCGCAGCUACGAGGAGAGCCUUCAGAAGCAGUGUUCCUGGUGGGUGGUGGUCUUCUCCUUUAUCACCUUUCUCCUCUUCGCCAUCUUUUGGAACAUCUUCGCCUACGAGCUGCUGGGCGUGCAGAUCCCGCCCGCCCCCUGACAACGGUGGACUUCGGACAUUUUGCGACGUGAAGAAGUAAGUCUCUUUUAUUAAAGAGUGUAGCAGCGGAACGAGUUCCUCGCGACUGUUUGGAGGAGCUUUUCUAUCCUUUUAUUGGACUCAAAGCUGAUUGAUUUUGUGCCUCUGGUGAAACAAACAAGGUGAGACGCCACAAAAAAAAACUAAGAAGUUGCUUACAAACAUCUGUUAUUCAUCAGCGAGGGGUUCAUUGUCAUCAUGUACCAACACUGUGGAGAAAAAAUGAGAAUCGGAGAGAGGUGAACUCAUUGACUGCCAUUGAAGUGGACAGAUGAACCAGAGUUGCUUUAAAAAUGAACUGUUUACACAUUGACCACACUCAUAUUUUGGCAUUUCUGACAUUGAACCAGGAAAACAGAUCAACAACCUUUCUACUGACAGAUUUAAUUUUACAUUGGCUGGAGUUAAUCCGUCAUGGACUAUUUUUUUCUUUUAAAACUGUUACAGUGGGGUAUAUGUUAGCAUCUACAUGAAAAUACUCACACAACGAGUCCAAAAUUAUAUUAAAUAAUUCACAAAGAUUAAAUUGAAAUACUUUUUCCUCAAAUUUGAGAUUUAAAAUACUUUCAAAAGCUGUUUAUUUUGUCUGUUCAUUUUGGUAUAUUUGCUUAGUUCGUGUGCUAAUCAUGCUAGCAGAGGACACAAGUUCGCGAGCCUAGUUUCCAAUUUUCCCUCCUUUUAACAAAGCUAACGUCUUUCUCGAUGCUAUGACUGUUCAUAAAACUUCAAAUCCUGGCCGGUAUUACUGUUUUACAUGUGCAUUUAGCCAUAGAAGUGUGCCAAUAUAUUGAAAAGGUGAUAUAUUGCUAUAAUUUGUAGCACAAAAGGUUAUUGAUACGCCCAAAAUCUUCCAUUAGAAUACUGUCUACGAUAGCUCACUGACUGCCAUUGACAGUGGCACCACCAGGGGGUGGUCAGGGGUGGCCACGGCCACCCCUAUAAAUUGGUUGGCCACCCCGCUUGCCAGUAUAUCGUUAGAUUGUUGUAGCAUCAGUUAUGCAUUUCAUCCCAAAUGAAUGCAUUUAUUUUGUUUUGUUAAAUGUAGGGCUGUCAAAUUUAUCGCGUUAACGGGCGGUAAUUAAUUUUUUAAAAUUUAUCACGUGAAAAUAUUUUUCGCAAUUGACGCAUUCGCGGUACGACUCAUUCACGCAUUGCCGCAAACAGCCUACAAUGGCGCCGUUUUACUUAUAUACAGAGAUAAGAGGUGGUGUCAAGUGAGUGGAGUAGAUACAAGCAUUCAUUGGGGCCGUGCUUUUAAUUGGCAAAAGCUUUGUCAUCUCUCCCACAGCAACUAUAAAUAUUGUGGGAAGCGACGUGGGGAAGAAUGACAGGAGUUGAUCUUUUUCUUAAUACCCUGUAGUGUACCCAACGCAGAGAAGGUAUAGCAUUUGCAGCCACCACACACAGUCAUAGUUGCACCACUUCCCAUCAUGCAUUUGGGCAGAACGGUUACGUCGCUACAGUAUCAAUUACUGAAAGCUCAACAAAUACACUAGAUGGCAAUAUUUAGUCACAAUAUACAAACUCACAUUUAUCCUUCAAGAAUUACAAUUACAAUUCUAUCCGUGGAUCCCUUUCACAGAAAGAAUGUUAAUAAUGUUAAUGCCAUCUUGUGGAUUUAUCAUUAUAAUAAACAAAUACAGUACUUAUGUACAGUAUGUUGAAUGUAUAUACAGUAUCCGUCUUGUCUUAUCUUUCCAUUCCAACAAUAAUUUACAGAAAAAUAUGGCAUGUUUUAGAGAUGGUUUGAAUUGUGAUUAAUUAUGAUUUUUAAGCUGUGAUGAACUCGAUUAAAAAUUUUAAUCGUUUGACAGCCUUAGUUAAAUGUACACCUUAUGCCUAAUAUAUACAUAACACAAAACAAUUGCUGUGGAACUCAAAAUGUUGACUGGACAGUUAUGGACUAUACACAUUAAAUGAUUCGUAACAUCAAAUAUUGCACAAUACACCAAAGUAUAUCAGUAGCCGUGUCCUUAAGUCUUUCUGGUAGUUUUCCCCUGACCUUUUUACUGCAAUAAUAUAAUGAAAACCUGAAAUUAUGGCUUUUAGUUUUGGCCACCCCAAGAUUUUAAGAGGCCCCAUCUGGCCAACCCUAUGAAAAAUUUCUGGAGGCACCACUGGCCAUUGACGGCGCUAGACAUCCAAUUCAUUUUGACUGGACUGGACGUCUAGCGCCAUGAAUAACACUGAAAGCCGUGCAUUCACAGACAGUCUCUUGCGGGCAUUUCCAGGUCGCUUCCCGCUCAUUUUAGGGCAUUUACAGGUUACUUACCGUUCAUUUUGGGGACAUUCUUCAGUCACUUCCUUGUCCGUAACGCAAAAUCAACAGGAAGUGAACCGUAAAUACACCGAAAGGAAAAGGCAGUGACCGAAAAUCAACAGAAAAUAAUGUGAAAUGACUCGGCCAUAGAUGAAAAAACUAAAAUAGCUUGUAUUUAUUUUAUUAGUCGUUUUGUACAUCCGAGAAUGAUUUCCUGAUACUUGUUAAAUCGCCAUACCGUGAGAUCGUUAUCGUGAGCCUAGUAUCGCAAAUCGUAUCGUAUACCCUACCUAGAGGUUCCCACCCCUAUUUAACCACCAUUUAAAGCAUAUGGCCAUACAUUGAAAACAUAACUGCUAAAUGAUCCCAAUUAACAACAUUUACUUGGAUAAAAAUCUCCAACGCUCUUCUUCUGCUUUGGCGGCAUCAGUAAUAAGUGGCAAUCUUGCAAAGGGCAACAAGCACUUCUUCAUUUAAAGUGGGGUUUGUAACUGGCAGCCAUCUUGAGAAGGGCAACCAGCUGUUGGAAACUAAAUCUGGUAACACUUUAUUUGAACUCGGUGUCAUUAGACCAUCAUAAUUAUGACAUGACACUGUCAUGAAUAUUAAUAAUUGCUUACGACAGAUGUCAUUAAGUGUCCUAACCUAGGGUGACCAUAUUUUCCCCCCAAAAAAAAGGACACUCGGCCCGGCCUGGAGAUACUUGAAUUUUACUCGAAGUUCACUCAAAGAUGCCUAUAUUACUUUAAUACAGUAUAUUUAAAGCGUGUCUCCUCCGUCUGGAUAGAAAAAUUCAGUGUUAUUAAAAAAUAUAUAUAUAUUGCCAAAUAGUAUAUAUUAUAUACUAUGUUAGUGCUGCAACGAUUAAUCGAUUAGCGCGAGUAUUCAAUUAGGAAAAAAAUAAUCGAAUUAAUUUUGUUGCUUCGAAUAUUCGUUUAAUGGUUUAUUUUGAAAGUGUUUGCAUUUCAUUUUAUUAAUUACAUUCUUAUUAUUUUGGAUACACUGCCCUCUGGGCUGCCUCAUUUCACAUGGCUGAAUCCAACUGCUCCCUGUUAAGACCAACGUAAGCUACGUUUUUGUUUGAGCUAAUGUUUUUUUAAUGCAUUCGUAAAUUAGUUUAUAGAUAUUUUUAGCCGUUUUUUGUGGGAAUAUGUGUCUGAACCAUUUGUUAAAAGCAUUGAAAAAAAACGUUAGCAUUUUAUAGCAUUUAUGCUAGUGGACUUUUGCUAUGUAAGUUAGACAAUUGUACUUUUGUCGUACAUCGAUCCUAAUUUAUUUAUUUUUUCCUACCGUUUGAGGUAUUUUAAUUUUUCAUGUUCCUUAUCUGAUUACUCGAUUAUUUGAACUAACUAGUUCAUCGAUUAAUCGACUACUAAAAUAAUCAAUAGCUGCAGCCCUAUAUUAUAUGGACUUUUUUUUUCAGGUUACAGGUUACUCAGCAGGUUUUAUUCUUCCUAAAAAAUAAUCAAACAAUAAAAUGUAAAAAAAAAUAAUAAUAAUAAUAAAUCCCGGAUUAAAUAAUGUAUAAUGCAGACCCAUGUAAAUGUAGUCCAGUCAAUACACACACACAGUAGGUAGCCACGUCAACGUAGGCAGGCGCUGCCCACCAGCGGUUGGCGGCAUUCUCUUUAAAUUGGUCCCAUGACAAAUAAUGAAAACUUGAUAUUUUCAUGAAUUAAUAAAACCUGACCGGACGCUACGGAGAGGACGUGAAAAGUAGACGUGUCCAGGCAGGACGUUUGGUCACCCUACCUAACCUUAACACAGUUCCUAAACUCUAAUAAAAAUCCGCAAAAAAAUCUCAAUAUUGCAUCAAAAGUGACAUAAUUUAUUAAAUGACACUCAAUGACAUGACAACAACAGGUGUCAUGUCAUCAUUAUGACAGUCUUAUGACAGAGUUAAAAAAAAAAAAUGUAACAAUCAAUCUUAUAUGACGGAGCAUCAGUGCAUUAGUUCUUAGUACUUGCUGAUACUGGUUUCCUGCAUUUUAGUGCCGUAUCGGGACCCCUUCUGAUAUUAGUGUCUGUAUCCAUGCAAAACUAACUAUAACUUUGCCAAAUUAUCACUCUUGACAUUGAAACUAAUGAUGCCUUCACAUGCUCUGGGAAAGUUGAACCUUACCACUUGCUAAUUGGUAAUUACGAGUGCGUCCUGUUCAUGUGGUUUUGUUGUCCUAGCAAACAAACAUAGCAGACAUGGACUUCAUUUUGAUUUGUUGCAUAAGAAAAACUGUUUUAAUACAUAAGAGAAUACAUCAAAAUGCAAGCGUUUUUUUAUUUUUUAUUUGUAACAACAUUUUAUCAAUGACUUGGUUAAAAAAUAAGUUUUAUAAAUGUGUACACGUCAUUGUUACGCUAUACGAUUUGCGAUACAAAGCUCACGAUAACGAUGAUCUGACGAUAUGGCGAUACAACGAUUAUCGAUACAUUGGUCAGGAAAUCAUUCUAGGAUAUUCUACAAACAACGAAUAAACAGAAAAACAAGCUUCUGCUGUGAAUUGGAAUGAGUUUAUCAAUAGUAGACGUCCAAUCCAUUUGAAGUGGGAGGGUGGCAGCGAAUGAACAGUUCAUUCGCUGCCAUCCCUCCCACUUCAAAUGGAUUGAACGUCUAUGGCCGUCAGUGACAGCCAAUGCCAGGCAAUGAGGUAAUUUUGGGCCAUUUAAGGUCAUCUACCUGUUGAUUUUGGGGUAUUUUAUGGGUCACUUCCUGCUUAUUUUGAGUUUCAGAACAGGAAGUGACCUGGAAAUAAUGAAUAGGCAGUGACUCGAACUCAACAGGAAAUGACCUGCAAGUGACCUGUAAAUGCCCUGAAAAUCGGUCACAAUGACUGUGAAUGCUCUGGUUUUGAAUGAACGAACCUUCCCAGUCUAAAUGGAUUGGGCGUCGAGCACCGUCAAUGCAGCCUUAGAGUUAGUUGAGACACUAUUAUGGUGGAAGAUUUUGGUAGCAACUUGUUGGUUCCUUUUUUUUUUUUUUUUUUUAAACAUUGACACCUUUAUUAAAAUGAUAUCUCGAUUCUUGGCAGGAGCAUAUCGAUAACCUUUUGGGAUACAAAGUAUCACGAUAUAUCACCAUUUCGAUAUUUUGUCACACCCCUACUGUUGGCCACACACCUCCAUUUUGAACAGUAAAAGGUCCACCCAUCUCGAAAACUCGGCUAUCAUACGAAAAUCCCAGUUCUCCAGUAGAAAAUGACUUGAGACGGCAUUUAUGUGUAAUUUUUGAUUCGACAAGUUGUAUUUAACAUAAUUAUGAGAACAUAUGAAGGCAGCAUAGGGAAUCUAAUAAACAUUUGUAGGCUGUAACAGCGUUUCAUACAUUAAAAUUGGCUGGAAUUGACUGCAAAAGACGUCAAUGCCAAAAGAUGUCAAUGCAAUGACUUUUUUUGUCCUCAAUGGGAUUUGAACUAUUACCGUGUCCAUCGCUAACAUGUACCUCACUGUAAGAACCAUGGUCCAUGACUCUCUCAAUGGCAGUGAAAGAGUUAAUAUACGCCGUGUCAUUCUUUGAGGUAGAUCCACGCAGCCACUUCCUGUUUGGGCAGGAAGUGACACAUUCAGACUGAACUGAGGUUCGGUCAAUACCUCAGCCUUUUUCUUCUUAAAGCCUGUAUACUUUUGUAAAGGAAUGUAACUAUUAAAAAAAAGGGGUGGGGUCAAUUGUCGCUGUUUUUCCAUUUGAUUGUGGAUGUGUGUAAUUGUAUAUUCAUAAUUAAGAGUUUAUUUAUGGAUUUCAAAGGGUGCAUAAAGAAGGCUACGAUUGUUUCCCUCACUUGACUUUCUAUAAACUCGAGUGCUUUACAAAACAAGCCAUAGGAAGAACUCGCUAUAGAUGGUUUGGAUGGGGAAAAAUAGACGCAAAAUGUCGGCGUCACUGAUAUUAAAUCAUUUAUAAAAAUUAAUCAGCUUCCGUUUUGUUGAAUUGAUGUCAGUUUGAUUUUUUUUUUUACUUGAUUCACCGAAAGGAAUACAGAUUAUUAUGUUGGUUACCAGUGAAAAUCAGCACAAUCGGCUUUUUUUUUUUUUUUUUAAUCACAAUACGCAUAUAUUAUGGAAUAAAAAUACAAAAACAUUACAUUUUUUUCUUUAAAAGUCAAAACAUGAUAAUAAGCAAAAGGAAUAAAAAUAACAGUUGACAAAAAUGUGAAUUGCCAAUUCAAUAUUGGGAAAAAAAUGCAAAAUACCAAUUGAAAAAAUUAUGAAAAAAUACAAUAAUUAUACAAAAUGUAUAACAAAAUUCUGAAAUACCAGUGCAAAUACUGAAAAAUAAUUAUGAGGAAAAAAGUACUUGAACUAAUGAACAAAAAAAUACUACAAAAAUGAUAAAAAUAUAUCAAUAUAAAAUAUAAAUACAAUAAUUUUACGAAAUUCUGGGUUAAUGCAAAUACUACAAAAUAAUCCAAAUGAGGAAAAAAAGUGCUAGAACUCAUGAAAAAAAAAAAAAAAAAAACUACAAAAAUAAAAAAUACACAAUAAUUUUAAGAAAUUCGGGGUUAAGGCAAAUAAUAGAAAAUAAUUCAAAUGAAGACAAAAGUACUAGAAUUCAUGAACAAAAAAAUACAAAAUUAUGAAAAAACAUACAAUACUUUUACAAAAUUUAAAACAAAAUUCUGAAAUAAUUCAAAUUAUGAGGAAAAAUUACUCAAACUCAUGAACAAAAAAUGCAAAAAUUAUGAAAAACAUACAAUACUUUUACAAAAUUUAAAACUAAAUUCUAAAAUAAUUCAAAUGAGGGAAAAAGAACAAGAACUCAUGAACAAAACAAAAACAAAAUGAUGAAAAUAUACAAUAAAUUUAUAAAAUUGUAAUUGUGGUUUAAUGCAAAUACUAAAAAAAUAAUUAAAAUGAGGAAAAAAGUACUAGAACUCAUGAGCAAAAACAAAAAUACUACAAAAAUUAUGCAAAAACAUACUUUUUCAAAAUUUAAAACUAAAUUCUGAAAUAAUGCAAAUACUAGGAAAUAAUUCAAAUGAAGGAAGUACUAGAACUCAAGCACAAAAAAAUACAAAAAAUGACAAAAUACGAAAAUACUACAAAAAUUCCGAAAGAACAUGCAGUACUAUUACAAAAUUUAAAACUAAAUUCUGAAAUAUCAAUCCAAAUACUAGAAAAUAAUUAAAAUUAUGUGGGAAAAAUAAUAUAAAAAAUAAAACUGUAGAAAAAGUUCUGAUUCAGCAAUUCAAAUAUUGUAAACUACAAAUUAUAAAAGAAAAACAUUAAAAUGAUCAUUUUGGCUCACAACACAUUGCAAAGAAAUGAGCGGAAAGUCACUUAUAUUUCAAGGCGCCACUCUUGCUGCCUUUGACAACAAUAGCAGUCCAAUCUAGAAUUUUCUUUUAUUCUUGACAGUCUACGUACAUACUAGUAUGUUUUUGUUCAAUCAGAAUUCAGCCUCAAUCUGUUGCCAUGUAAUCCAACGAGUUACAAAUCCGCGAAUCAAUGACUUUAAACUUAACUCAUUCUCUGCCAUUGACGGUGAUGGACGUACAAUCCUUAUGAACUGGGAAGGUUAGCAGCCAAUGAAUAACCAUCCAAAUACAUUUCAAAUUGGACAUCUAUCGCCGUCAAUUUCAGCCAAUAGCCCUCGCUGAGCCACUUUUGUGAAUAUCAAAAAUGUGCCAUUCCACACCUGAAAAACUUUCAAAUAUAUAUCUAAUUUUUUUCCCAUCUUCACUUGUGCUAGUUGUUUAUCGUUUUUCAUUUUGCUUCACAGAUACGCAGUACGCGCGUUCAAAUUACAAACGAAUAUGGAUUUCUGCGGCUCCACUCCAGCCGAGGAUUGCGUUUACUCCAAUUUUCACCGCUCCGAUCAAUAAUUCAUUUGAACGUCACUCGGCGGAACAUUUGAUGCUUCUGCCAAUGGCUUCAUAAAUCCCGUUCCUCCGCAGUCCCUCCUCGCCUCUACUCGAAAAAUUAGAAGAAAAUCAAGCAUUAGUAAUGGAUAAUGGAUGGAAGCUGCUGUAAAAUCUUAGUGAGGAUACAGUAGAGCGAUGAAUAAUGCAUUCGCACCCUUGUAGCCUAUAAUGAAGAAAAAGGGAUGCUUAAAAGGGAGGUUAACGUGCCUCUUUAACUUUUAGAUUCAUAGGAACUUGUAAAAAGAAAAAAAAAGGGCUCGUAAGUGCUUUGGGUUUUUCUAACCGAAAUGAAAACCCGCAUGAAAAAGGUUCAUUUGUUCAAAAGGUAGGGAAGCGAUUCAGUGUUCAAAAAUUAAAGAAGGAAGAAUUAUUGUCGUUCUUGCUGCUGAUGAUGAUACAAGUCACGUUUCUUGGAACUGAGAAGGCUGAAAAUGAGUUGACUUAUUGGAUGCCAUUGUCCAAUUUAUUUGAACUAGGAGGGGCAAGCAGUGCAUGAGUUAACUCAUGUAGUUCUGACUAACUCAGUUGUUAACUCAUAUGCUGCCAUUGACAGUUGGUGAGAUAACUUAUGAGUUAACUCUUAAGAUGGAUCAUUGGCUAUCAUUGAUGGCGAUAGAUGUCCAAUCCAUUUGAACUGUAAGGUGCUGACAGUUCAUGAUUUUCUGAUGUAGUUCCAAUAAAUUUGGGCGUUAACUAACAAUGAGUUAACUCAUUGGCUAGCAUUGGUGACAAUAGUUGUCCAAACCAUUUGAACUUGAAGGGGCUGACAACACAUAAGUUAAAGCAACACUCGGUAACUUUUCAACCUUUAUAAAAUAUCUUCAUAACAUUUGUGAUAUGUCCACUGACAACUAGUUGAAUAACACCUGUUUUAUGAUCUCGAGGGGGUCUGUAAAGAUGGCAGAGCAACAAAAGUAGGGUUGAACAUCGAUGGGAUCCGGGCUAACACUCCGGAACAGUUCGAAUUUCGAUUCCAAUUUUUGAUGCCCUGACCACCAACCGGUAAAAAAUAGCUGCCGAACACCAACUACAACAACUAGCUCCGUGAUGAGCAAAUCAUAUGAAGUGGCUAAUUUAGCUUAGCACAAAAACGUGUGGCUUCGCUUCACAUAAAUGACAAGUAACAGAAUAAACAUACCGAAAUGAUACUAGACCCUCUGUUAAUACUUGCAAACUUAGAUUUUCUUUUAUCAAGGGUUCCCAACGAUGUGUUGUGCAGACGAGGUGUUUAGUGUCUGUACACCUCAAGAAUUAUUUUCCAACUGAAGUAAUAACUUCUUUUUGCCUGCUGCUUCCUGUAAGUCACCACUAGGGGAAGCCAAGCGCACAUAGCAAAACCAAAGAAAACUGCAGAGUCUGGAGUGACAAUAGUGACAUCUUGUGGAUGAAUGAACAAUAUCAGUUUAGAAAGAAAUCAAAAAGUAGUUAACUUAAGAUCAAGGGAAAGAAUACUCCCCACCUGACAUCUGCAAGAUGUCACCCCUUAACUAACUUGGAGAAAUACUCUCUAAAACAAACAAUGCAAUACAAUAAAUGCCUGGAGCAUAAGACACUAAAAGAUAGGCAAAAGAAUAUGUGUAAAUGUUUUCUCUCUGAGCUUUUGAAAAAUAAACAUCUUUGUAAAAGUGCACUCCUGUGGAAAGAAACCAUCAUAUUCAAGUUCAAAGACUGAUAUUUGAGAAAUUCAUAGCAAAGUUAAUUGAAAGUUCAUCUAUGCAAUGUUUUUUACCCUGCCUAUUAAAAGAACCGGAAUCGAGAAUCGUUUGGUUCAAAUUCAAACGAUGCCCAAUCCUAAACAAAAGUAGGGCUGCAGCAAUCGAAUAUUUUAGUAGUCGAUUAAUCGAUGGAUUAGUUCGAAUAAUCGGAUAGGGGACAUGAAAAAUUAAAAUACCUGAGCUGAGUCACAAACGCUAUAUAUAUUUUUUUUUUAAACGAGGAUCUAUUUACAACAAAAGAACAAUUGGCUAUCUUACAUCAAAAAAAGUCUGCUAGCUUAAAUGCUAUAAGAAGCUAAGUUUUUUUUUUACAAUGCUCUUAACAAAUGGUUCAGACACAUAUUCCCACAAAAAAGAGCUAUAUAUACCUAUAAACUAAAUUAUGAAUGACAUGAGCUCAAACAAAAACUUACGUUGGUCUUAACAGGGAGCAGUUGGAUUCAGUCAUGUGAAAAGAGGCUGACCAGAGGGCAGUGUAUCCACCCUAAUCAAUAAAACUAGAUGCAAACACUUUCAAAAUAAACCAUUACAACGCCAACUUAAACGAAUACUCGAAGCAACAAAAUUUCAUCAGAAUUUUUUUCUAAUCAAAUACUCGAGUUAAUCGAUUAAUCGUUGCAGCACGAAACAAAAGAGACAAAAAGUUUUGUCCAAAGAGGAAAAGAAAGAGAAGCAACUAGGGAUACUCAAGUAGAAACAUUUGCCCGGGUUUCACUCACUGCCAGCCCCGCCACCCCCCAACCGAACUCGUCAGUGCUGAUGAGUUGGGUGGGGUGGAGGGGUUAGUCACAUGGUUGCUAACCGUCAUAUACUAUUGUUUAGCCACAACUUGAUUACCUUAUUACUAUUCAUCCAUCACACAGCCACUGGAAACAGGAGUGUAGUUUAAUCCAUCUGCAGGCGACCGCGAGAUCAUGAUUUUACGACACUGUGCGGGUGUGGCUGGUCCUCUUGGAAAGGCAGUCCUCCUUAAGGCAAAACACUACCGUUUUUGUCCACCCGCGUCGCUAAAAUCAACCAAAAUUGAAAAGUUACCUAGUGUUGCUAUAAUUUACUGUCAAUGGCAGACAAUGAGUUAACUCAUUGGCUAGCAUUGGUGGCGAUAGAUGUCCAAGCCAUUUGAACUGGAGGGGGCUGAAAUUGCAUGAGUUAACUCCUGAGUUAAUGAGAACUCAAUGAGCUAACUCAUCUGCUGCCAUAAUACUAUAUAGUAAGUGAACUGAGGUAACUUAUUGGUUACCAUUUGUGACGAUAGAUGUCCAAUCCAUUUGAACUGGGAGGGGCAGCAGUGCAUGAGUUAACUCAUUUAUUAUUACUCAUUAGGAGUUAACUCGUCUGCUGCCAUUGACAGUGAAUGAGUUUGUCUCAUUAGCGAUAAUAGAUGUUAAAUAGGGAGGAGUUGACAGCGCAUGAGUUAACUCAUUGGCAACCAUUCACAUCAAUUGAUGUCCUACGCUGAUGUCCUGCUGCUGAAUUCAUGAAAACAAAAUGAGUUAACUCAUUGGCCAACAUUGGUGGUGAUAGAUGUCCAAGCCAUUUGAACUAGGAGAGGCUGGCAGUGCAGGAGUUAACUCAUUGGCGAUAAUAGAUGUCAAAUAGGGAGGGGUAGACAGCGCAUGAGUUAACUCAUUUUCUACUAUUGACAGGAAGUAAUCUGAGUUAACUCAUUGGCUACUGUUGACAUCAAUAGAUGUCCUAUACAUUGUAAAUACGAGGGGUUGGCGGUGAAUGAGUUAACACAGGAGGUACAUACAGUAACUCAUUGGCUGCUGUUGUAGAACAUAGAGGAAAGAUCAUAUUUCAGUGCCAUUGACAGCGCUAAACAUCCAAUCCAUUAGAACUGUUCAAAUGGAUUGGACUUCUACCACUGUCAACAAAAACAAGUGAAAACCAUGGAUGCUGCCUCAAUUUUAUUUUAUUAUUUAGGUUGAUUAAUCCUGAGAGCCGUAAAAGCCACUCAGGUAGCCACGCACAUCCAUUCGCUACUUUUUGCUUCGGCGAAACGGUGCCAAACUCACAAAAAGGUUCGAUCUCGAAGACGCGAGGUCGCGCCAACCCAGCGUUUACAACAAAAAGCUAUUUUGAUGACUCAAUGUCCAUCUGUACUGUAGAAUUUGUGUCAAAGUCAUCACAAAUUCUUUCAUUACAUGUUGUAUAUACUUUUUAAAUGUUAGAAAACUGAACCAUUUUAUAUUGUAUAUAUAUAUUAAUAUAUUUUCUUUUAUUUUGUACUGGUCAUUGUAUUUUGCUUUCAUUUGGAAACUAUAUAAAUAAACAAUACUGUGGCGACA